CCGUUCGAAAUCCGGAUUGGCUACAAAGUAUCAUGCCUGAACACCAAAAUGAGCAUGAUUCGGAGGAUUUGGAGUUAUGCAAGUCUUUACAGGCGGAAGAAUGUGAAGUCUUUGAAUCGAUCUAUCCAGAUUGUCUCUCCGGGGAUUACUUGAAAGGAUCUCUCCGUCUCGAGAUUCCAGUGGAGCUCUCUGAGUCUCAUUCACUCGUAUCGGCAGAAGAUCAGAAUCUAGUUUCGUUGUCCAUGUUACCUCCAUUACUACUGGAUAUCCUUUUACCGCCAAAUUAUUCUCUCCAUGACCCGCCUCAGAUUCUGUCACUAUAUGCGACAUAUUCGUGGUUACCGCCUAGUGUUAACUUGGUGCAGCGCCUGUUAGAUAUGUGGCAGGCAGGGGAAUGCGUUCUUUAUUCCUGGAUCGAAUGGAUACGGGGUGGUAUAUUUCUGGAGGAGUUGAAGUUUGUUUUUACUCGAGGUUCUGAACCGAUACUACGCAUACCUCAUCCGGAAUUGGAUCUACUAACAAACAAACUAGUCGGUUACGAUGCAUCAACACAACUAAUGUGCUUUUCUCAGAACUCUUACAACUGUGAAAUAGGCAUGUCUUCAAUCAAGGGCGCACGGUGUAUAUUGCUUUCAUGUUCACAUGUCCUUUGUCGGUCAUGUUUGGAGGACUUUUGGAAACAUGGUCGUGAUAUCAGUCGCAUCUCACUUCAUAGUGAACUCUCCAACAAGGGGAUUCGUCAGGGUCUCAGGUGUUUGAGUCUUUCUGUCUGUAGGAAUGCGAGCCGAUGAUUUUCGACUCUUCGAAAUCCUAUAGGCUUCCUGAUGUGCCGUAGGGAGGGAAAACGGACUUCGAAGAUACAAGAUGGUCCAUUAUUUUCUCAGGUCAAGUACAGGUCGAGAGCUGGAAUGCUUGGCGCCUGGAGAACGCCACUCGUUAUUACGGUCGACCGAUUCCUCUUCUACGAAAAGACUUUGGGUGGGACGAGAUUGUAAUUUUUGAUGCAGUUGGCCUGUUGUUCUUGUGGAAUAGCGAAGAACAGCAUUUCGACGUUGUCGAUCCCGGCGUGACACUGCAGGUAUGUACUUGCCAGUUUCAUUGAUUUCAAUCAAUAUGGCCUUUAUAA